AUGGUCGGCUUGCCCAUCAACGUGACGUACACCGACCGGAACGCCAUCAUCAAGCGCGUGCGCGAGACCAAUAUCUUCCUUGCGGACGCCAAGAAGAUUCAGUUUGCGCUCUCCGUGUACCAGUCGCUCGAGCUAGCAGUGGGCCUCGUGUGA